AUGACUUCGACCGUAGACAGUGUGAUCAAUGCUCUAGAGAUGGAUUCCUGUCCCGAUCCUCCGCGGACUGACAAUGCAAGAAUUGCAGGUGGUUUUUCUGCAGCGGAUUCCUUUCCCAAUCGUGCGCGGAGUGACAAUACAAGAAUUGCCGGUACUGCUGGUUUUGCCAUGGGUUAUCCAACUGUUCUACAGAAUAAGGACUCGCCAUUCUACUCACUUUUUGAUGCGAGACCCAUACCCCCGCCACCUACAAUGCCACAUUUUUGGCAAUAUCCGGAGUACCGAACCUUUGCCUCUAGGUAUGCAACGUUUAAAAACUGGCCAAAAUACUUGAAGGGACCCAGCAAAACAGACAUGGCGCGAGCAGGAUUCAUCUACACCCAGUAUGGCGAUAGAGUGACCUGUUUUUGUUGUGGAAUGACAUUGAGUGAAAGGGAACCAGUGGACGACGCGUAUCGAGAACAUCUACGCUGGUCCAAAUCUUGUCAUUUUGCUCAAAUGGUGGGCAGCAUGUAA